AAUUUGGUGAGAUCGACACCGUUCGAGCGCAAAAGUUAAAAAACCCCAUGUUGCGAUGAGCCGUCGCUACGGCUUGGCGGUUAUACUCAUAAAGCACCCAUGUUAACUACGCGCCACAUUUGUAUGGGUGCUGUUCCCAAAGGCACCCUACCAAAUAGGCGGGGCCUCAAAAGCACCCACACUAGCCGCAAAAUUUGUAUGGGUGCUUUUCCCGAAAGCACCCUACCAAAUAGGCGUGGCCUCAAAAGCACCCACACUAGCCGCAAAAUUUGUAUGGGUGCUUUUCCCGAAAGCACCCUACCAAAUAGGCGGGGCCUCAAAAGCACCCACACUAGCCGCAAAAUUUGUAUGGGUGCUUUUCCCGAAAGCACCCUACCAAAUAGGCGUGGCCUCAAAAGCACCCACACUAGCCGCAAAAUUUGUAUGGGUGCUUUUCCCGAAAGCACCCUACCAAAUAGGCGGGGCCUCAAAAGCACCCACCAAAAAAACACUUUUAUAGUAUAAGUGCAUUUACUUCCUAAUGUUCUUGGUCUGUCACGUCACACUUCAGAUCGGUUGAGAAGACCUACGGAGUUGCUGCGCAGUGCUUGGAACUUGCGUCAAUCGAAUUCUGUAUCUAAGGCCUUACUAUCAUCCCGUCAUGUAAAUGCCAUUCUGCUAGGAGUUUGCGAGCUGUUGGCCCAGGAGAUUGAGUCGGUGAAUGUGUGAGGUCUGCGAGUCUGCCAAUGUGCGAAUGUGCAAACAAAUCUGUAAGUCUGUGAAUGUCCGAGUCUGCGAAACUACGAAUCUGCAUGCGAGUCUAUU